AUGAUUCCCUCUAAAAUUAUCAAAAGAUAAGAAUCACUAACAUCAAAUACAAUUUAAGAUCUAUCAUAAAUGAAAAAGGUACAAAGUAAUCUAAUAUUGGUAUCCAAAGCAUGUAGUUUACCAAAAUAAUUUUAGAAAAAUGAUAAAUUGAAAACUUCAGGAAAUAAAAUAGAAUCUAUUAAACAUUCAAAAAAUAACUCUAUGAAUCAUUUAUCAACUACUGAAAAUACUAAAAUUAUAGAUUCUAUUCAAAAUGCUUCUUCUAUUUAUAUUAACAACAAAACAGAAGAAUUUUAAAUAAGAAAUGAGAUUCAACAUAAAUCAUAAAUUAUUAUGGAUUUAAAUAAAAAUAUAUCCUAAUUAUAAUUUCAUAAUGCCAAUUAAUAAGUUACGAUAUCAUAUUUAGAAAAAGAUGUUUAAUAAUUAAAUUAAACAAUAGAAAAAAUGUGUUAAUAACUUUCAGAUUCUAAUAAUGAUUAUAGUAAUGAAUUAUUAGAUCUUAAAAAUUAAAUUACAAAAAAAGAUAAAUUAAUAAUGUUUUACAAAUCUGAAAAUUAAUAAUUAUUAAAUAUUAUUAAAUAGGGAUCAUAUGCUAAAAUAAAAGUAGAUAAAGAAAAUCAACCUAAUAUCACUUAAGCAAAUCAAUAGGAUUAAAUUAAUUAUUUAAAAGAUUAAAUAGAUUUAUAAAGAUAAUAAUUUUAAUAAACUGAAAAUUCUUUAUAAAAAUAAAUAUCAGGAUUAAAUCAAUUUGUUAAUGAAUUAUUUAAUUAAUAAUUAUCUGAAAGAUUAAAUACUAAUAUUAGCAGUAGAGCUGAUAAAGAUAUUAGAAAUAGAAAACAUUCAUUAUAAAAUGAUAUGGAUUCAUUCUAAUCUUAAUUAUAAAACCUUGAUAAAUAAUAAAGAUUAGAUCAUUAAUUUGAUAAUGUAUAAUGUAAUCUUAAUUAAUUAAAUGAAAAAUAUUUAAAUACAAUUUAUACUGAUAAUCUAAAUACACAUAAUAUAAAGGAAAUAACAAAAUUAUAACAAAUUGUUCAAAUACAAAAGAAAUAAAUUGAAUUAUAAUAAAAAACUAUACUUAAUCAACACUUUGAAAUUCAAAAUUUAUAAACAUUACUUUAUAAAAAUGAUUUAGAUUGUCUCCCUAAAUUUAGUGAAAAAAAAGAAGUUUAAGAAGAUAUUAUAACAAAUGAUUUUACAAAUUCUCCAAAAGAUGAUAUGUAUAAUUAUUAUUAUUAUAUUAUUUUUUAGUUAUCAUUUGAAUGACAGUUAAAGUGAGAUUAAACCUAAAUACUAUUUGGAUAAUAUUUAAAAUAUAUUCUAGAAAUUUUAAGUUAUAACAGAAGAAAAUACUUUCAGAAAUUGA